CGCAGAAAAGUAGACGACAAAGCUAUUUCCGGUAACUUCCGGUUUACAAUGGAGACAUGCAUAUACAGGAAUCCGUACAACGUGAAAGGUGUCAUCACAGGAUAGUGCAGUGAUGCUGCUCCGAGACGGUGCAUCUGAUCGUGUCUGUGACAACCAUGUGGUCUUCCCAUCCUCUUUUCACAACGAAAGACUCUUAUUUUCUCUCACACUGUUGUGUCAACAUGUUUGUUCUUCCACUUCUUCUACUUAUUUUGAGCUGUGUAAAUAUAGUGCAGUGCCUGCCUACUCAGGAUUCACUACAAAAAAGCAAUACGUCAACUCGUACCCAAGUAUUGAAAGAACUACAAGCAGAUAGCACCUUUACUUACUCAGGGAAGGGGAGAAGUAGGUUAAAAAUCACUCCAGCUGCGUUUAGAAGGACAGAACGGGUCAGAUUUUUGUCUUCUACGCAAGAAGAAGCUCGCAAUAGACAUCAGUGGACGUGGUCUUGGGCUGUGAGACUAAAACCCAACUGCAAGGAAGGUUUCUAUAGCCAACACCAACUUGCAGACCAUGUAUCGAACGAACUAGCGCUCCAGAAUUUAGGGCAAGUAGGGUUACUGGAAGAUCAUUUUCUCCUGGUUCACGAAGAGUACCACAGGACGAUGGAGAUUUUGGAGCACAAGGUGGAGCACAGUCUGGGCAUCACGGCCGCGUUACGCCGACAUCCGUGCGUGGAGUGGUCGGAACAACAGUUCAUCCACAGCAGGGUGAAGAGAGACCUCACACUCAAGUUUCAGGACCCUUACUACCGACUGCAGUGGCACUUACACAACAGGGACAGCACUGGGAUGGACCUGAAUGUACUGAAUGUGUGGAAGAAGAACAUCACAGGGGCAGGCGUCACUGUGGCUGUCAUCGAUGAUGGUAUUGAGUGGACGAACCCGGAUUUACGGAACAAUUAUAGUCCAGAAGGGAGUUUUGACUUGAACUCCAAUGACCCUGACCCCAUGCCUGAGUUUGACACCAAGGGACAGAACCACCAUGGAACAAGGUGUGCUGGGGAGAUAGCUGCCGUGGCCAACUCUGUGUGUGCAGUGGGGGUGGCCUUCCACGCCAAAAUUUCAGGUAUUAAAAUCUUGGAUGGGCCCAUGACUGACAACCUGGAGGCCGCAGCAUUUAACAAGAACAUGCACAUCAAUGAUGUCUACAGCUGCAGCUGGGGUCCAGAUGAUGAUGGUAAAACAAUUGAUGGACCACACUACCUGGCAAGGAAAGCUCUGCUGUAUGGUGUGACUGGGGGUAGACAGGGAUACGGCUCCAUCUUUGUGGUUGCCAGUGGCAAUGGCGGAAGCUCGGGGGACAACUGUAACUACGAUGGUUAUGCCAACUCCAUCUACACAGUCACGAUUGGUGCAGUAGAUGAGAAUGGUGGGAUCCCGUACUACGCUGAGUCCUGCUCCUCCAUGUUAGCUGUCACCUUCAGCAGUGGAGACUCCUUCCACAAGGGCAUCGUGACGACAGACUGGCAGAUGGGGAAGGGUACAGGCUGUACCACGGGUCACUCGGGUACAUCCGCGGCCGCGCCGCUGGCAGCAGGCAUGGUGGCCCUGAUGCUGCAGGUCAGACCCUGUCUCACCUGGAGGGACGUACAACACAUCAUCGUCCUCACCGCCAAAAUGAUAAACCAGUACAGUUCAGAGUGGACCGUGAAUGCUGCAGGUUUCUACCACAGUCAUCAGCACGGCUUUGGUCUGAUGGAUGCCUGGAGACUGGUCAAUGCUGCCAAGGUUUGGGAGCCAGUCUCAUGGUUGAUGUCUCUCAACUCUCCUACCUUACAAGAGAACUAUGUCUUCACAGGGGGCCACACUGUCAAGUUCUUGUACAACGUGAGUAAAGAGGAUGCAGAUAUCCACUUCCUGUACAGUCUGGAGUACGUGCUGGUGAAGGUGUCCAUCUCCCACAGUUCCCGGGGGAACCUGGAGCUCAAGCUGGUCUGUCCCAGCGGCACCAAGUCUGUCAUCGCAGCACCCAGGCAUAAGGACAAGAUGGUGGAAGAUGCCAUGGACGGCAGGUUCCUCAACUCCAACCACUCAGCACCCUGCCCCCCUCCCGAACCACCGGCUUACGACGAGACUAAAGCAAUACGAGUCAAGACACUGAAGAUCCUGGUGCUGACCGGUGGCUUUACCGUGCUGCUAUCCCUGUACUACACUGUGGAGCAAGCCUUCCUCAACAAGGAGGACAAGGAGGGGAUACCCCCUCCAAUCAACCCCGCUCCGGAGGGGGGUCCCCGCGAGACAGACCGCCUCAUACCCCCGCAGGACACAGCCGAGGACAUACCUAUGCAAACUCUCACAGAAACCGUUCCAGACGACACGGCGAGCACAGAAGAACCCGUACUAAGCAACGACCUAGCAGACAACAGUCUGGAACUAGAAAGGCAGCCUCUCUUAUCUUCUCAACACGAUGUACAGAUCCAAGAGCUUCCAGGUACCACUACGGAAACUUCAGGCGGUGCCACAUCUGAGACGUAUCAAAACGAGAUGUGGUCUGCAAGAGACGAGGGCGCACUCGGUGUGUCAUGUCAAGAAAAGCAGCGUUCAGCAUCAGAUGAUGCCGUGGUACUAGAGUUAGAGUCUAGUGAGACAGACUGGGAAGAACAGCCCCUGCUUGUGCCAGGAGACACAUUUGUGGAUGAGAAGGAUUCAAAUAUGACUCAGCUGGAGGACUAUACAGACAAAUGCGUGCUUCCAAUAUCAGAACAAACCACAGUCGAACUGAUGGUUGGACAAGAGCAGAGCAGGACUUCAGGCAGUUUAGUAGACAGGAGUGCAGAAGAUACCUGUAGUUUAUUAGAACAAAGUGCCAGACAUUCUCUCUCUGAUCCAAAGUCUUCCUCAAGCAAUAUCUCUUCGAAGAUGUCUUAAUGAAAUGUAGAUAGAUUUGUAUUAGGGAUAAGGAAUGGUACUUGACUACAUUCCAAGAUUUCUGCAAUGUCUUCAGGUCCAAGGUGCUUCCUCUUCAGUAGAUAACAGUCUUUAUUUAGGGAGAUACAUCUUUAUUUCCUGCUGCUAUUGCUGGUCUGGGCCAGUAUUAGACUUUGUAAUGUGUCAUUUAGGUUCCAGUUGAUUUGAGUUUACCAUGACAUACAUGUACGGUCAAACCUGUACAAUGGACCACUUUCACAUAACGACCACCUGGCCAAUGUGACAACGUUUUGUUGGCUAUAGUUAGAUAAUUUUCCCCAUUAACACCAGCAUAAAGAUUCCUGUCUAUACUGUGACCACCUGUCCACAUGGACCAGAUUUUAUCAGUCCCCUGAGUGGUCUUCUUACACAGUUUUGAUUUGACCGUACAUGUACCGUAACUGCGUUUGAUUUGUGGUGGUUAUAUUUCAUGCUAGAAGGAAAAGGAAGGCCACUCACUCACCAUUUUACAUUCAAUUUGGUGUGUUGAAACAAUUCUACAAUACAAUUGGCAGUGUCAUGGAUUUGCAGUGGUGAGAUCACCACCAGAAACAAACAAAAACAAACCACUGCGUUCACUGCAUUCUUAGUUAGUACUACCAUAGUAUUUGGUAUCAUUGCCAAAAGAACCAGCCAUACCAUGUCAAAGAUUUUCAGGAUAAUUGAUAGAGUUACAUUAAUUUUUAAACAUCGUCAUUGAAACAUCGCAAUUUGUGCAAUAGGGUAUACUGUUUGCCUUACAUUCAGUAGGUUAUAUGAGUUCGAUUCCCAGCCGAGUCAUACCAAAGACUUGAAAAAUGGUACACAAUGCUUUCUCUGCUUAGCACACAGCAUUUUGAAAGAGUAUGGGAGUUCAAUACACAAUACUACCAGUAGACUAGCUUCCUGCCGUAGUGCUUGCACUAUUGUGUGGUAUUGAAAGAACUAUAACUAACGAAUUGAAACACACUAGAUGUGUCAUGACUUAAUGAUAGUUGCUUUCACUAUUCAUACAGCUCUUAAUUUCUAGAGCUUUACCAAAGGAAAACAUAUUGUUAUGUUCACCGAAGGAAAACAUAUUGUUUUUACUCAGUUUCUUCCUCUUCUUCUCCAAACACUGACCUCUGACCUGGCCAAUGACUUGAUUUGUUGACGUCUGUCACCAUGGUAACUGGUUUUUACUCAAUUUCUUCCUCUUCUUCUCCAAACACUGAUCUGGCAAAUGACUUGAUUUUUUGACGUCUGUCACCAAUGGUAACUGGUGUUGGGUUACAUAAUGUUGCAAUUUCAUAGUAGGGGGGAUUUAGACUCCUGUCACUAUAUAUUUGUAUAUGUGAAUGUGAGUAAGAAUUAACAGAGCAGACCAUAUGCGAAGGUUAACAUUAUGCAUUUGCUUCAGCCUUUCAGCAAAUGUUACUUAUCUAGUUUGAAUUUACAUUAUAGUAUUCACUGCCAAAGCAUGAGGGCUUAGUAAGAUGUUUAACAGCAAAAGCCAUUCUUUUUAAUUAUAAUUUAUUGUGAUCAUGACAGCUAUAGUAUAUAGCCCUAUCUAGGCAUGGUGCAAUCAUAUAUGGUGAUGUUUGUUUUUUGGGUCAAUAUAAGUGAUAGAAUUUGAGCAGAAUCUUUUAUCAUGAUGUGAAUUCAAUUUGUAGAGAAAGGUGCAAUAGUACAAUAAGUAAGAUAACUGCAAAAUUUUCUUGUACAAUUUUUGUUUUGCGAUAGGUUUUUGUCACAUGCUUUUAAGACUUUAUGUGGUGCUACAGGGACAUGUUAUCCAAUUGUUGAUUUUUUUAAUCUAUACUUUAUAAUUAAGACAAAUUAAGUUGUGAGGUAGUUAUUCUCUCAAAUACCUGUACUACCUCCAGUCUCUAUGUUAUAUCUGUGCUAUCUGAUAACAUGAAGACUUUAGUGUAAUAAUUUAUCUCCAAGUAGAUGUAAGGACCCAGCUCUUUCUAUGUGUUUUACGCCAGUUUUUGGAACAUGUAAUACUCUUUUCUAGUAUAUUGCCAUAUCCAGUCUUAAAUUCACAUUCAAGUGUUGCCCAUGAUUGCAUAUCAUUUUCCUUUUUGUAAUUAUUAGUUCUAUCAAGAUGAUCUAUCAACAUCUAAUCAAGCAUCAUACUACAGACUGUUACCAUCACUGCGCUAACUCAAGUGAAGCACAAGCAGGUAUGUAGCAAUAUCAAUCAUGAGCAUACAAAUAAAGCCAGUCUAUUGAUUCUCA